AUGGCCGCCAAUGACCGAGAGCCGGCAGCGUCUUUGCCUUCGGCGCUAGAAACCCCCGGGGAGGACGCUCCUCUGCUCGUCAAUAUUCACUUUGUGUCCCCAUCUGAAGGCGUCCCCGACGACCUUGACUUUCAAGGUCUCCCAGCUACGACGACGGUCGGGCAAUUAAAGGACAAGAUCCGCGAUGUUCUUACAAUGCACCCGGCUCACGACGAGCAGCGCAUCAUCCACCAAGGCCGAUUGCUCGCCCGCGAGAGUGAAACUUUACUAGAUGUCUUUGGUGAAGACAAGCUUCGCACAGGCGACCAACAGCCUCUUCAUCUCGUGGUCAGAACCUCCAACCACCACCCGCCUGGCCCUACUUCCUCCUCUCAACCAGCACCGGUUUCAGCCCAAACUGCUCUUACGGGGCAAAGGAUAACGCAGCAGGACGCUUCAUCACAGAACGAUUGGCGUGCUCACCAUGAGCGGAUACAAGCCCAGAUUUCACAGCGGAUGCAAGCCCGGAUUGACGCUUUGGAGCGAAAUUCGGCUCCUUCCGGAGUAGCACCAGCUGCAGAUGAACAGAUUCGAAACAUCCACGAACAUAUGACCGGUUCUGCAGUCAGAAUAUCAACCUCUGGUCCGACGAACCGAACAGCUACAGCGUCUCAACAACAGUCCCAGCCGCAGAGACAACAAGCGGAGGUGUAUAUCCUGUCCUCUCCCACUGGCCCAAGAGGUCUUCUGGUCAAGAACGGAUCGGAGCUGUACGCCACACCAGGAACUUUCCAGAGCCAUCAUGCCUUCACCCUCCCGCAGCCACCCUUAUUAUACCCCGGAGUUGUUCCCUAUCCUCCAACACACACGACACCGCAAGUCCAGAACCAGCCGCAGAGACCACAAGGACAACACCAACCUGUGCAGGUGAGGAUCAGGAUCGACCAUCGAGCUAUUGGACAUGGAAUAGGGCAUCCGAACAAUCCCGUCGGAGCCGCCGCAUUGGUUGCUGCAGCGUGGCCUCAUAUAUGGCUGAUUAUUAGGUUGAUCUUCUUCAUAUGGUGGUUCACGUCGAACGAUUCUUCUUGGACUCGAGUAUUUACCAUGGUGGCCCUGGCCGCUGGCGUUCUCGUCAUGAACGCGGGUUUCCUGAAUCGAUUUGCCAACCAAGCUCUUGGGCCAAUCAGACAACAUCUUGAUGGACUACUUCAUAUGGCCGACCCGAAUCAGCAGCGACGCCAGCGUGUCCCGCGACCUCAAGCACCCCCACCUGCGGGCGCGAAUGGUGAGCCUGGCGUAGGUCUUGUUGGAUUACACGAGCGCCGGGAUAUCGACAAUGCUGGGGCUGUCCACUUGGUCAAUUUCUUCCGCCGCAUCGAAAGAGCUGGCCUCUUGUUCCUGGCCAGUAUCGCUCCUGGGGUUGCUGAGAGGCACAUUGCACAGCUCGAGGCGGUUGAGCGUGCUGAGCGUGAGCGUGAGCGGAGAGAAAGGGAAGAAGCUGCGGCGGCGGCAGAAGCAGCAGCAGCCGCUGCCGCCGCCAAUGAACAAGAGAACCAGCAGCAGGGAGAUCAGGCCGAGCAAACGGCCAACAACGAUGCUGGCAGUCCUGUACACAACCCGGAACAUGUGCCGGAGCGAGCAAUUCCUCUCCAGACUUGA